AUGAAGUUGGACGGCACCCUGAGAGUAGAGAUGGCCAACGGGACUGCGGUGCAGGAAUUCAUUUUGCUUGGAUUUGAAGUUGAACAGCAGAAACAAUACUUGCUUUUUGUCUUCAUUGCCAUUCUCUACAUGCUCACUAUGGCUGAGAACAUCACCAUCAUUGCAAUGGUCUUCCUAGAUAACCACCUGGCUCAGCUCCCCAUGUACAUCUUGCUGAGCAACUUCUCCUGGAUGGAGAUGUGCUAUGUGUCCACCACUAUGCCCCGACUGCUCUUUGACCUGGUGUCUCCUCCUGGGUUCAUCUCUUUCCACGCCUGCUUCCUCCAGUUCUACGUUUUCUUCUCACUUGGCAACACUGAAUGCUUCUUCCUCUCAGCCAUGGCUUUGGACCGGUACUUGGCCAUCUGUCACCCACUUCGCUACCCACAAAUUAUGUCCCAAUAUUCCUGUUCUGCUCUGGUAGGUGCAUGUUGGGUUGUUGGUUUCAUGUGGUACCCUAUUCCAGUGAUUUUGAUCUCCAAGUUGUCCUUCUGUGGACCUAACAUCAUUGACCAUUUUUUGUGUGAUCCUGGGCCCAUUUUGUCCCUGGCCUGCCCUCCACUCGGAAAUGUUCCCCUUGUCUGCCAGAUAUUCAUGCAUGCUCUGUUUUUAAUCAAUGUCUUAUUUGUUCUACUAUUCUAUGGCAUUGUGAUUCUCACCCUGAUGAAAACCUCUAACCAAGGCACUUGUAGGAAAGCUUUUGCUACCAUAUCUUUUCACCUAGUUGUGGUCACACUUUUUUAUGGCUCAGUAGCAGCGAUGUACUUGAUUCCAAGUGGAAAAACUCAUUCAGCAGUCACUAAGGCAGUCACACUCUUCUACACGGCAAUUACACCCUUUCUUAACCCCUUGAUCUACUGCCUGAGGAAUGACCAGGUGAAAGAAGCCGUGGGCAGGUUGCUGAGGAAAAAGGAAAGAUGGUUGAGGAGAAAGAUGGUAGUUUAA